ACAGCGGCAGCUGCGGCGCGACCAGGCCGAGCAGGGACGAGCGCACGGAGAGCGCGAGGUCCGCGCAGCCCAGCGCAGCCAUGGAGCCCCGCGCGGACUCAUUCCAUGAUGUCCCUGUCGGUGCGGCCGCAGCGCCGCCUGCUCAGCGCCCGGGUCAGUAGGAGCCAGUCCUUCGCAGGCGUCCUCGGCAGCCACGAGCGGGGGCCCAGGAGCUUCCCGGCCUUCAGUCCCCCAGGGCCCCCGCGGAAACCCCCAGCGCUCUCCCGAGUCUCCAGGAUGUUUUCCGUGGCGCACCCAGCCCCUAAGGUCCCGCAGCCGGAGCGGCUGGACCUGGUGUACACUGCGCUCAAGCAGGGCCUGACGGCCUAUUUGGAAGUGCACCAGCAGGAGCAGGAGAAACUCCAGGGACAGAUUAGGGAGUCCAAGAGGAAUUCCCGCCUGGGUUUCCUGUAUGACUUGGACAAGCAAGUCAAGUCCAUUGAACGCUUCCUGCGACGGUUGGAGUUCCAUGCCAGCAAGAUUGACGAGCUGUAUGAGGCAUACUGUGUCCAGCGACGUCUCCGGGAUGGUGCCUACAACAUGGUCCGUGCCUACAGCACUGGGUCUCCAGGGAGCCGCGAGGCCCGGGACAGCCUGGCUGAAGCCACUCGAGGGCAUCGCGAGUACACAGAGAGCAUGUGUCUGCUGGAGAGUGAGCUAGAGGCACAGCUGGGGGAGUUCCAUCUCCGGAUGAAAGGGCUGGCUGGCUUCGCCAGGCUGUGUGUGGGCGAUCAGUAUGAGAUCUGCAUGAAAUAUGGGCGGCAGCGCUGGAAACUACGGGGCCGAAUUGAGGGUAGCGGAAAGCAGGUGUGGGACAGUGAGGAAACCGUCUUUCUUCCUCUGCUCACGGAAUUCCUGUCCAUCAAGGUAACAGAACUGAAGGGUCUGGCCAACCACGUGGUUGUAGGCAGUGUCUCCUGUGAGACCAAGGACCUGUUUGCUGCCCUGCCCCAAGUUGUGGCUGUGGACAUCAAUGACCUUGGCACCAUCAAGCUCAGCUUGGAAGUCACAUGGAGCCCCUUCGACAAGGAUGACCAGCCCUCAACCGCUUCCACUGUCAAUAAGGCCUCCACAGUCACCAAGCGCUUCUCCACCUAUAGCCAGAGCCCACCAGACACACCCUCACUUCGGGAACAGGCCUUUUACAAUAUGCUGAGGCGGCAGGAGGAGCUAGAGAAUGGGACAGCAUGGUCCCUAUCAUCUGAAUCUUCAGACGACUCAUCCAGCCCCCAGCUUUCAGGCACUGCCCGCCACUCUUCAGCCUCCAGGCCUCUGGUGCAGCAGCCUGAACCUCUGCCCAUUCAAGUCGCCUUCCGUAGGCCUGAGACCCCCACCUCUAGGCCCAUGGAUGAAGAGGGCGCCAUGGCCCCAGCCCUGGCCAAUGGGCAUGCACCCUACAGCCGGACUCUGAGCCACAUCAGUGAGGCCAGUGUGGAUGCUGCCUUGGCUGAGGCUUCAGUGGAGGCUUUGGGUCUAGAAAAUCUAGCUCAGGGACCUAGCCUGCCUGCACACCCAGAUCCCACCCAUGGGGAGCAACCUGGUCCUGUCCCUCCUGCUGUGGACCCUUGCCAUUCUGCCAUAAGCCCCACCCUCAGUACAACAGGCCCUGCCCACACAUCUACAGAUCCUGCCCUGUCUGCACAUCUAGACUUGGUUCACAAGGUCACAGACUCUAGCUCUUCUGAACUGCCAGGCCCCGCCCACACCACUACAGGCUCAACCUAUAAUGCCAUUAGCCCUAGCCACAGUGCUCCAAGCGCCACUCAGCCUACCACAGGUUCCACCCACAAGCCCACAGUCUCUACCCCCUCAACUACAGGCUCUACCCCCAGUACCACAACCCCAGUCCGGACCACCACAAGACCCACUGACGAAGCAAUGCUUUCUGCCCUCACUACUGUAGGUCCUACCCCCAAUACUACAGGCCCCGUCCAGACUAUCACAAGCCCUGUCCACACUGCCGCAAGCCUGACCCAUGCCACUACAAGCCCCACCCACACUACUGCAAGCUCCACCCAUUCCACUGCAAGCCCCACCCACAUUACAGCAAGCCCCACCUGUGUCACAGCAAGCCCCACCCACAUUACAGCAAGCCCCACCUGUGUCACAGCAAGCCCCACCCACACUAUGGCAAGCCCCACACACACUACAGCAAGCCCCACCCAUGCCACUGCAAGCCCCACCCACACAACAGCAAGCCUCACUCAUGCCACUACAAGCCCCACUCAUGCCACUACAAGCCCCACCCAUGCCACUGCAAGCCCCACCCACACUACCACAAGCCCCCCCAAUACUAUUGCAUGCCCCCCCCAUACCACUACAAGCCCUACUCACAAAGCCAGGAUGUCAACUCAAACUGCUACAAGCCCUACCCCCAAAGCUAAGGGCCCAGUCCAGACCACCAGGAGCCCCACCCAUCCUGUCACAAGCCCCACCCUUCUAACUGUAAGCUCUUCCACUUGUCUAGACCAUGCCGAACUUCCCAGCCCCUCUACAAACACAGACCCCACCCUCCCAGGUACCCACACCCUGUCCUGCAGCUACCCAGCCUCCACUCCUUGCACUCAGGCAGACCCCACAGCCCCCAGUACCUCCUACCCAUGUCCCGCCUCAUCCAGUUGGGAACCCCUCACAAGUCCUUCCCCAGACCCCCGAGAGCCCAUCCUUCAGAGCCCAAGUCCCCCUCCCUCACCUCUAGCCCCUGUGCCCCAGCAUUUAGACCUUAGCCCGGCCGUGGCCACCCCGGCCUCAGUUCCAGGGGCAGCUGGAGGGGCUGGGGAUAGGAGGCUGGAAGAGGCCCUGGGGGCCCUAAUGGCUGCUCUGGAUGACUAUCGUGGCCAGUUCCCUGAGCUGCAGGGCCUGGAGCAGGAGGUGACCCGGCUGGAGAGUCUGCUCAUGCAGAGACAAGGCCUGACUCGCAGCCGGGCCUCCAGCCUUAGUAUCACUGUGGAACAUGCCCUGGAGAGCUUCAGCUUCCUCAACGAGGAUGAAGAUGAAGACAUGGAUGGUCCUGGAGACAGGCCCCCAAACAGCCUGGAGCCUGGGGCUGAGGACAGCCUCGACUUGCCCAGUGCCCGCCCCCUCAGCACGGAGUGUCCAGCCCUGGACGCUGCCUUGGUCCAGCACCUGUAUCACUGCAGCUGCCUCCUGCUGAAACUGGGCACAUUUGGGCCCCUGCGCUGCCAGGAGGCAUGGGCCCUGGAGCGGCUGCUGAGGGAGGCCAGAGUGCUGGAGGCCGUAUGCGAGCUUAGCAGGCGAUGGGAAAUCCCUGCCACCUCUGCGCAGGAAGUGGUGCAGUUCUCAGCCUCCCGGCCCGGCUUCCUGACCUUCUGGGACCAGUGCACAGAGGGACUCAGCCCCUUCAUCUGCCCUGUGGAGCGAGUGCUCCUCACCUUCUGCAAUCAGUACAGUGCCCGUCUCUCCCUGCGCCAGCCGGGGCUAGCUGAGGCUGUGUGUGCCAAGUUCCUGGAGGAUGCCCUGGGGCAGAAGCUGCCCAGGAGGCCCCAGCCAGGCCCUGGAGAGCAGUUCACAGUCUUCCAGUUCUGGAGUUACGUCGAAGCCUUGGAUAGCCCCUCCAUGGAGGCCUAUGUGACUGAAACCGCUGAGGAGGUGUUACUGGUGCGGAAUUUGAACUCAGAUGACCAAGCUGUUGUGCUGAAGGCCCUGAGGUUGGCGCCCGAGGGGCGGCUGCGAAAGGAUGGGCUUCGGGCCCUCAGCUCCCUGCUGGUCCAUGGCAACAACAAGGUCAUGGCUGCUGUCAGCACCCAGCUGCGGAGCCUGUCACUGGGCCCUGUCUUUCGGGAACGGGCCCUGCUGUGCUUCCUGGACCAGCUCGAGGAUGAGGAUGUACAGACGAGAGUGGCUGGCUGCCUGGCCCUGGGCUGCAUCAAGGCUCCUGAGGGCAUUGAGCCCCUGGUGUACCUGUGCCAAACGGACACAGAAGCUGUGAGGGAAGCUGCUCGGCAGAGCCUGCAACAGUGUGGGGAAGAGGGGCAGUCUGCCCACCGACGGCUGGAGGAAUCACUGGACGCCCUGCCCCGCAUCUUUGGGCCUGGCAGCAUGGCCAGCACGGCAUUCUAAAUUCCCUCCCUCCCCGCUGGCUCCCAGUGCCCCUUCCCCUCACUUUCAGGGCUUAUCAGGCACUGGCAGGGAGGGUGAGGGCUGGCUCCAGACACCUCUCCCCCACAGAUUCCCAUCAGUGAAAAUCUAAUAUAUUCUUCCGUUGCCCUUGGGUUGGCAGUCAGUGCCUGCAGUCAAGUGCCUCCCAGCCUCGGCUCAGCACACUUGCCACAAAUCAGUGUCCCACCACAUCCCUUGGUUUUAUAUUUUAUUUACAGAGUUUUACAGAAAAUAAAAAAGCAAAAUGCCUUUCCUA